AUGGAUAUGCUAAAACAAUUGCAUAUCAAUGUUCCAUUGGUAGAGGCUCUUGAGCAAAUGCCUAGCUAUGCAAAGUUCAUGAAAGACAUCUUGUCAAGAAAAAGGGGAGUCAAAAAGUAUGAGACAGUAGCCCUCACCCAAGAAAGUAACAGGUUCUUGAACAAGUUGCCACCUAAUUUGAAAGAUCUAGGGAUUUUCACAAUCCUUUGUUCUAUUGGCAACACUUACGUUGGUCAAGCAUUAUGUGAUCUUGGUGCAUCCAUCAAUUUGAUGCAUAAGAGUAUUUUCACCAAAUUGGGAAUCGGAGAAGCACGUCCAACCACUGUCACCCUACAACUUGCUAACAAAUCUAUCACUUACCCUGAAGGAAAGAUUGAGAAUGUAUUGGUAAGGGUGGAUAAGUUUAUAUUUCUUGCUGACUUUAUUGUUCUUGACUUUGAAGCAGAUAAGGAGGUACCCCUCCUCUUAGGUAGACCAUUCCUAGCUACUAGAAGAACUCUUAUUGAUGUUAAAAAAGGAGAUUUGAUUAUGAGAGUCAAUGAUAAGCAAAUAACCUUUAAUGUGUUAAAUGCUAUGAAGUAUCCAAGUCAAAUGGAAGAAUGCUCUGCCAUAGAAGAUGCUGAUGAACCACUGCUACAGCAACAGGAACCAGAAACUGAGAAAUAG